GUGGCUUGGACCGGAUCAGUGAUGCAGUCUGGAUCAGAACCUGCAGGAUCUGAAGGGAAACCAGUCAGAAGAUCUGCCGGCAGCAGCAGUGAAGGUAACGAGGAGGAGAAGAAGAAGAAAGAAGGCAGGCUGCAGGAGGUGAAGAGGAGAGGAAGGAUGGAGAGGAGCAGAGAGGAGCAGCAGGAGGAUCUGAGUAGCAGACUGAAGAUUCUGGAUCUGUCCAGCAGGUCUGCAGCCAGUGGAACUGGUCUGGUUUUCUCAGAGGUCUUCACACACCAUCAGAACCUAUGGGAGCCCAGUCACCCAGAGACUCCAGACAGGGUGAAGUACAUCAUGGAGGAGCUACAGAAACAGAAGUUGCUGAACCUCUGUGUCCGAGUUCAGGAGACCUUCCAGGUGUGUGUCACAGCCGUUGGUUCAGUUCUCCAGCUGGUGGACCAGGUCAUGACCUCUGAACUCAGGAAUGGUUUUGCUGUCAUCAGACCUCCAGGUCAUCACGCCCAGACCGACCAGCCCAACGGCUUCUGCAUCUUCAACAGCGUGGCCAUAGCAGCGCGAUACGCCCUCAGUCAGCACGCUUUGGACAG